AUGGCUGAAGGUCAAGAAAAUGAUAAAAACAUUGAAAUAUGGAAAAUAAAGAAAUUGAUCAAGGCUUUGGAAGCUGCUAGAGGAAAUGGUACCAGCAUGAUCUCCCUGAUCAUACCCCCAGGGGACCAAGUAUCUCGGGUCACUAAAAUGCUUGCAGAAGAGUAUGGAACAGCUUCAAAUAUUAAGAGCAGGGUGAAUCGUCAAUCUGUGUUAGGUGCAAUCACAUCUGCUCAGCAGAGGCUUAAACUUUAUAACAAAGUUCCCCCGAAUGGAUUAGUGCUCUACACUGGAACUAUACUGACUGAAGAUGGAAAGGAGAAGAAGGUCACCUUUGACCUUGUGCCUUUUAAGCCCAUAAAUGCUUCUUUAUACCUUUGCGACAAUAAGUUUCACACCGAACCCCUUGGUCAACUCCUGGAAUCUGAUGAAAAGUUUGGGUUUAUUGUCAUGGAUGGAAAUGGCACUCUUUUUGGGACAUUAAGUGGUAACACCCGAGAAGUGCUUCACAAAUUUACAGUUGACCUUCCAAAGAAACAUGGAAGAGGAGGACAAUCAGCUCUUAGGUUUGCUCGUCUGCGAAUGGAAAAGCGCCACAACUAUGUAAGAAAGACAGCAGAGCUUGCUACUCAAUUUUUUAUUAACCCUGCAACGAGCCAACCAAAUGUGUCGGGAUUAAUACUUGCUGGAUCAGCUGAUUUCAAGACUGAGCUGAGCCAAUCCGACAUGUUUGACCCUCGCCUCCAAGCGAAGAUACUCAAUGUGGUCGAUGUGUCUUAUGGAGGAGAAAAUGGUUUCAAUCAGGCCAUUGAAUUAUCUGCUGAAAUUCUUUCCAAUGUAAAGUUCAUACAAGAAAAGCGCUUGAUAGGGAAGUUUUUUGAAGAAAUCAGUCAAGAUACUGGAAAAUAUGUUUUUGGUGUGGAUGACACCAUAAAAGCUUUGGAGAUGGGAGCCGUUGAAACACUGAUUGUUUGGGAAAAUUUGGAUAUAAAUCGUUAUGUGCUAAAAAACAGUACAACCAACGAGAUUGUCGUUAAACACUUAAACAAGGGUCAGGAGGGUGACCAGAUAAACUUCAAGGAUUCAGAGACAUCUUCUGAAUUGGAGGUUAAAGAAAAAAUGCCAUUGCUAGAGUGGUUUGCGAACGAGUACAGAAACUUUGGCUGUACACUUGAGUUUGUCACCAACAAAUCACAAGAGGGUUCACAGUUCUGCCGAGGAUUUGGCGGCAUUGGGGGAAUUCUUCGCUACCAGGUUGACAUUCGAUCUUUCGAUGAGCCAUCCGACGAUGAAGGAUUGUACGAGAAUUCAGAUUAA